CGCGCUCGGCCGUGGGACGGAGCGGUAGGCUGGGUCAGUGAGGAGGGACUGACCUGGUGGUACAGCAGACUGUCGCCAUGUCCCGCCGGGAGGCUGACCUGGCAGAGUUUGAGAGGCUCACUGCCGACCUGGACAAAGAGCUGCAGUACUGUGAGACGCUGGACUGGUCCAACGUCAGUCUGGAGGCCACGGUGGAAUCGCUCAAAGACCAGCUGCACGCGCUGGAGCGGAACCAGCACCCCGCCGAUGACGACGCGCUGGAAUGGAAGACCCGCUACGAGAGUCAGGUGGCGCUCAACGCUGACCUGGACCAGCAGAAACAGGCGUUGUCGCAGCAGCAAGCCUCCCUGCGCAACAACAUCAAAGAAGGUCAACAGGGCGACGUGUACAAGAUCGACAUGAUGUUUCCCGAGUACGAGAAGUAUACGGAGACGGAGCUAAUUAAGCUACUGAAGCAGCUGGAGAGGCAGAAGCAGGACCUGAUCUCGCAGCUGAAGAACGUUCAGUACCAGACCGACAAGGAGUCCAAGGAUUUCCACCAUUACGACGAGCUGCGUCGGACGUACCGGGCCGACAUCGGUAUCACCAACCGAGACCUGGAGCACCUGCGGAGCGUCCGCCGUCUGGUGGAGAAGGACGCGCCCGUCUCACCCAUCACAUCGCCGGGGACGCUGCGAUGGAACAACAAGGACGGCAUUACGUCCAACCAGCGCAUUCUGGACCCGAAGCGGGGCCCGGUGAACCGUACCGCGGGAGUGCGGUCGCUGCCCCGUGUCGAGGACCGCCCCGCCCGCGAGGGCCCGCCACGGCAGCAGGGAGGCUCGGCCAGCCAGAGUGACAGCCCGGCGGCCGAAAAACGCAGCGGCAGGGCCAGAAAUCUGCCCAAAAUGGAGACAACCGCCGCCUCAGAGAAAAAGGCGCCGCCCAAGGAGAAACCGAAUGGGAGUAAACCGAACGGGAGUAAGCCGAGCGUGAGUAAGCCGAGUGGGAGUAAACCGAGUGGGAGUAAGCCGAGCGGGAGUAAGCCGAGUGGGAGUAAGCCUAGUGAGAGUAAACCGGCGGGGAAGAAAUAAAGCCGGUUUGGGAGGACGGGGUGGGGCGGAACCGUGGUAUCUGUAACCUUACCAAUUGUGCAACAGAGAACGGUGUUUGAUAGUUUUGGCAAAUGAGAACGUUGAUUGAAUGAUGUGAGUGAAAGAUGCGUUGUUAAUGCCUAUCGAAUCGAACUUUCUAUGUGACCUGGUACUGCGUACCGGUACGGACGAUAGCAAUAUUGUCACUCAGCGAUAGCCGCUUUGAAGGUAGCUUUUUAUCGAUUUACUGUUGGACUGUAGCGUACAAACGCUCCAUUGGAGCACGGAGGUCCGACCAAGAUUCUUGUUCCGACGGCUAUUCACGUAAACAAAACUCAAUCGUCGACUGCAUCGAAUCUUCGAUGAGCGGCUUGCAAUCGAGCGUAUGUCGUAUGUGUAUGUGUCCGUAUUCGUAAACAGGUGCAAUGCUAUAGUGUCUUGCGAGUUAAUCAAAUAGAAGAAUACAUGCGUGAUUAUUUUGAUUUUGGGAAAUACAUCGUCAUAGUAACGGGUUGGCGGGCUGGCGGAAGGAUAAGUUGAUUAUCGAUGACAGAUUGGAGAAUGAUGUAAAUAAUAAACCAAUGUCACAGUGAUCAAGACUGUUGAAGCCGAAAG